AUGACUGAAAUAAAUUUAAAAGCAAAAGCUUUGGAUAUUCUAAAAAUACUAUCUAUACACAAAAAAGCAUUUCAUACAUUAUCGAACAUGGAAACUACCAACCACCAUUACAAAGGACAACAUAACAGUGACAUAAUCUUUGUCCAUGGUCUGAACGAUUAUGGAGGUGGACUUUCUGAGCAUGUUAAACCAAUCUUGGAAAAAGGCUUUCGAGUGAUUUACCAAAAUUUGGAAGAUCAAGUGGAUGGAUCACUUCGUGGAAUGAUUAUAUUAUGUUAUGCUAUAAAAUAUCCAGAGGCAUUUGAUUCGUUUGUGGUGAUGGCUCCUUUAAUUUAUGUGCAUGAUAAAAGCAGGCCUAGUAAACUAAUUGAAAAUAUAGCAAAAAUUCUUGUUAAAACAUCUUUUGGACGUCUAUCGUUUUCCAAAGCCCGCUGUGGUGUAAAAUAUAAAAGAAAUUAUUAUCAGAUCCAUAAACUUGCAACAGCAAAAAUUCUUGUUAAAACAUCUUUUGGACGUCUAUCGUUUUCCAAAGCCCGCUGUGGUAAAAGUAGUAAUGAUCCAUUACAUUAA